ACGCAUUCAGUCGUUCUCUGGACAGCAGUGUCUGCAGGCUGUUCCAUCCAACGUUGCAGCUGUGCUUCGGGUGCCAAACGAACAAGGGAAGAAAACCAGACAGAAGGUCGUGCGCCUGCAGAUUUGGAUGAGUCAAGUACCUGUUCUCGUGGAUAAUCCAUUAGAAUCGCGCUUAGAAUCAUCGUCGUUAUCUUACGUUAGUGUUGUUCAUGUGAUUUUUGAGCACGUAGAACGCAAAGCAAAUGCCAAUGCUACUCUAGUGCAUAAUAUUUAUGACUAUUGUCAUAGUGUUGAAACGAUAUGCACAAAACGAAUGAAAGUGUGGAUACCUAAUUGAAAACGAAAUUGUUACGUCCAUUGAGUAUACAAUAUAAAUAUAAUUACUGGCGAAAGAAGUAGAUCGAAAGGCAAAACCAUGUCGGAAGUGAACGAAAGCAGUUGUAGUGUAACUAAUAAUUUACUCGAUGACAAUAGGAAAAAUGGCGCCGUUCGAGUACAGAUUGUGCCUUCGCAACCGAAAACGCUGUCCCAUCUGCCGACGCGACCCGCCGUGGAUUUGGCCUUCCACAAUCUCACCUACCGGGUCAAGGAGGGACGACGCAACAAUGUGAAAACCAUUCUGAAGGAGGUCAGCGGCAGGCUCCGGUCGGGCGAGCUGACGGCCAUCAUGGGGCCUUCGGGUGCAGGAAAAAGUACACUGCUGAACAUUCUCACCGGUUACAAGACCACAAACAUCGAAGGAUCAAUCACGAUGAAUGGAAAGGAACGUAACCUUAGUCAAUUCCGCAAGCUGUCGGCCUACAUCAUGCAGGACAAUCAAUUACACUCCAAUUUGACCGUGGAGGAAGCGAUGCACGUUGCCACCAGCCUGAAGCUUAGUCAGCAAGUUGAGAAGAGCGAGAAAUUGCAUGUGAUCAAAGAAAUUCUGGACACACUUGGACUAGAGGAGCAUCGCGCAACCCUGACGAGGAAUCUCUCCGGAGGACAGCAAAAGCGUUUAUCAAUUGCCCUCGAGCUGGUUAAUAAUCCACCGAUCAUGUUCUUUGAUGAACCAACAUCCGGAUUGGACAGUUCGACCUGCUUCCAGUGCGUUAGCUUGCUAAAGUUCCUCGCACGAGGUGGCCGUACCAUCAUCUGUACGAUUCAUCAACCGUCGGCGCGUCUUUUCGAAAUGUUUGACCAAUUGUACACGCUUGCCGAUGGACAAUGCGUGUAUCAGGGAAACACCAAGCAGCUGGUGCCGUUCUUGGGAACGCUCGAUUUAGAGUGUCCGUCUUACCACAAUCCGGCCAGUUACAUAAUUGAAGUUGCCUGUGGGGAACAUGGUGAUCACACGCGCAAGCUGGUGAACGCGAUUGACAACGGCAAGCGGGAUAUCCGAGGGGAGAACGACUUCCCUGCCUUGAAGAAUAAAAAGAACGAAAAUGGCAACGUAAAUGCCAAUUUGAAAUCAAACUACGACAAGUUGAAUGGAAAUAGCAACAAGUAUGCUGACAACUUGAACCUAGGAGGUAAUGGUCUAUUGCCACCGUCUAUGGUGAAUGAUAUUGCAAAGGAAACAACGACCGAGUCGGUUAAAAUCAACGUUGAGCCGGAGAAGGAACCGGAAGUGAAUACUGCACUCUUGCCAGUGGAUGGACAACUCGAUGCCGGACAGUCGCCGGAACGAUAUCCUACCUCGGAGUUCCACCAGUUCUGGGUGGUGCUGAAACGGACACUGCUGUUUAGUAGGCGUGAUUGGACCCUCAUGUAUCUCCGUCUGUUUGCUCACAUCCUGGUCGGUUUCCUGAUUGGUGCAUUGUACUACGAUAUCGGCAACGAUGGUGCCAAAGUACUCAGUAAUUUGGGUUUCUUGUUUUUCAACAUGCUGUUUUUGAUGUAUACUUCCAUGACGAUUACGAUUCUAUCAUUCCCUCUCGAGAUGCCUGUUUUGUUGAAGGAAAACUUCAAUCGGUGGUAUUCACUCAGAUCAUACUAUUUGGCUAUAACCGUUUCGGACAUUCCAUUUCAGGCAAUAUUCUGCGUUUUCUACGUAUCAAUCGUAUAUUACUUCACAUCACAGCCGCUGGAGUGGUUCCGUUUUUCGAUGUUCCUGGGAUCUUGUUUGUUGAUUUCAUUUGUCGCUCAAAGUGUUGGCCUGGUCGUCGGCGCUGCUAUGAAUGUACAAAACGGCGUUUUUCUUGCCCCGGUUAUGUCCGUACCUUUCCUGUUGUUCUCCGGCUUCUUCGUUUCAUUCGACGCCAUUCCAAUUUACCUCCGGUGGAUUACGUAUCUAUCUUAUAUUCGGUAUGGAUUUGAGGGUACAGCUCUGGCCACAUACGCGUACGGACGUGAAAAGCUUAAGUGUCAUCAAGUGUAUUGUCAUUUCAAAUCGCCUUCGACCACACUGGAAGAGCUUGAUAUGCUGGAUGCCAACUUUACGCUGGACAUUGUCGCUCUGGUAGUCAUCUUCGUAGUGCUGAGAAUCGCUGCAUUCAUGUUUUUGCGAUGGAAGCUCAAAACCACUAGAUAAAAAAUUUUCUAGGCGGUUUCGAAAUAUUCUAAAAUACGAUAUACAAAGUUAUUACUCGAGAAUAGUUUUAUCUAUGUAGUUAAGGGGCUUAGAAUAUCACUUUACAUACCGUAAUAAACAUUGAGAGCGAUUUAUGAGAGCAAAUUUUUUGCAACAUGAAAAAUGGCCAGAUGAAACUGAGAUAGCUAUUUGUUCAAAAUACCAACGCAAAGUGAUUGAAAGUUAAUUAUAGAAAGUUUGUUUUGCAAUGAAUGAAUGAGUGAGGCUGUGCUGAAUGGAAUAGUUUGCAAAUCAAAACAAACCACAAUGCUCUCGUUGUCAAAUUUUUAAAAGGAAAACAUUUCUACCAACUAACAAUUUGCGGGACUACGGAUUUGUAUACAAGUAAGGAUUCAUAUUGAUAAACAUUCAGGAAAAUGUAAUGUUUUUGAAUAUUUUUACAACCAGUUGUGACUAUUUACACACAGAGCUAUCCAAUUGUGAUACUUUUCAAUUUAAAAAAAUGGAAUAAAUGUGGUGAUUAAAAUCGA